GGAAGGGUCCGAAGGGCCCAGCUUGUAAAGGAGGCUCCUGUGGUGCAUCCUCGAGGUGGAAUGUGCGGAGGGCCAGAGAAAAGAAUUCGGCAGUACCACCCUGGUGGCACCUACCUAAUCUGGUGUAGCCUGCGGGGGAAGCAAUCAAGCUCCGAACAACCAACUAUAGUCUGUUGUGAAAGUGCUUGGCGAGCUGGUGUGGUAGGCACCUGAUGCAGAGGAUGAGAUUGUUUCACGAGGCGGCACGGAAGAUGGUUGUUGAGUUGGUGAAAAGCUGGGGUGCUUAAAAGCUCUAACCUUAGGGAGCCGCAAAGCUCCAGAAAGUGGUCAGAAACGAGGCACGAUAAGAUGGCAGGUGCUACUGCGAGUCACCUGGUUACUGAUGCCGAGCCUUCAGAAGCAGAAGUGCUAGAUGUGCUUGACAUUUCUGGUGGACGCUUCCCCAUCCUCGCGAAGGAAAACCUGGCAAGUACGUUUCUUCGGAAAAGGGGUGGCACUGGAGUUGCAGAAGACGGGCCGCCUAUGCGACGUUUAGAAAGGGGCUCCUUCUCUUUGUCGCCUGGCUUUGGGAAGCUGCCGUCUCUCAGGGUCUUAACGCUCUUUGCCAAGGAGGUUCAGGUUUUGCCUGAGCAGGAAGGGCUCCUGAAGCACCACCAAAAACGUGCUUUGCAAAUUCCUGAGCGCAAUAUUCUUGAGCUUCCUGACCACCACGGAGCAGAAGCUACACAGGAUCUUGACAUACACAAACUCCCGGUGAAGCUGUUGACACCAAGGCUGCCUGCUUACCAAGGGAAUCUAUCUGCUCUUCGACGACUUGUGGUCACGCAGUAUGCAAUCACUCACAUUCAACCUGAGAUUGUGGCUCUCACAAGCCUCGAAGAGCUUGACCUUAGUUUCAACCGAAUCUCCUGCAUCCCCUCCGAGAUUGGCAGCCUUGUGGGGCUGAAAGUCCUGCGAUUGAGCAGCAACAGAAUUGCAUCGCCUCUGCCUGCGGAGCUUGAGCGCCUGGUGUCCCUGGAAAUCCUGAUACUCAGUCACAAUAAGCUGACAAGUAUCAAGCCAGUCAACCUCGCCAAGCUGCUAUCCUUGACGUACUUGGAUCUACAGUACAAUGAUCUGCAAGAGGAAGUUGAAGAACCAGCCUGGGUGACCUGCAAUCUGGAGGGCAACGAGCUCCUGACAAGUGACAACUUUGGGCUGGAGCUUCUUGAAAGACCGUCAGACGAGGAAACGGAGCCAGAAAUCAAAGCAGAAGAUGCGUCUGUAGAUAAGGAGAUGACGGACUUGCAACGCCCCUCUGUAGAGCUGCCGCAUCUUGAUAAUGCAUUUCAAGCAGAGUCACGGGUAAAGAGCCCUGUCCGAAAACGGGAGCGUCAGGAUGUUGAGGCUUGGGAAGAAGACGCCCCAACAGAAAGGGAGUGCAGAAUGGCUGACGUGAUACCUCCCUUAGAAGAGGACAGCUUGGGUGGAGAAGGCAGGGACGUAGGCGAGGGGGAGGGGGAGGGAGGAGCAGCGCCAAAGCCUGAGGACGACAUUUCGAUUGAGGAUGCGGCUCGGGAAGAUGCUGAAGAGCCGGGGCUCGAGCGGGAACUGAAGAUGAACGACGUAGCGCUGCAGGCUGAGGAGCUCGCUGCGGGUGCCAACGAUGGAGCGAGUGACCCGGCCAACAUCGAAGAUGCAGCGGCACUGCAGCAAGAGCCCCCCGGCACCCCCAAAAUUGAGGAGGGGCUUGCGGCCUGCGAGAACGAGGCAGAAGCUCCCGAUGGGGAUGGCCAAGAGGAAAGGGUUCGGAUGGGAAGGUCGCAAAGCAGGGAAGAAUCAGCGCAUAGCGAUAGCGAAUGUGAGGAAUGGGAGGAGGAGGAGAUGGCGCUGGGCCGGAAGCAUGUGCGGAGGCGGGACGGGAAUCCAAAGCCAACCAAGCGGCGGAGGGCGGUAUUAGAGUCUUCUCCAGUGUCUGAGAAAUACCAUCGGGAGUCGCUUUGUGGGGUGGACGAUCGGUUGCACGACGGGUUUUACGACCCAGGGAGGGACAGGCCGUUCCGGUCACUGGAGGAGUUUGAGCGGGAGGCGCCCUGCCUGCAUUCUCGGGAGGUCAUCCUCGUGGACAGGGCCCGUGACGAGGACCUUGAUGUCAUCGCCAGCUCCGCCCGGAGCCUCCUCUCCAACCUCCAACCCGCGUGUUCCAGCACCGAGCACAGCGCGCGCGCGCUCGCGCUCUUCGUCUCCGACUGCUUCGGCGGCAGCGACCGCAGCGAUGACCUCGUCACCUUUCGUCGGGCGACUCUCAGCAUCCCUUCCCCCAAUUUGCGCAGCCCCCUGAUGACGUCAUCCAGCCACUCGAUGACUUCACCCGGCGCGGGCUCCGCCAGCCUGGCGGCGCAAGCAGCGGCGGCGCUGCCGGGUUUGCGGGCCCUGUGCGAGGGCGCGGUGCGCUUCCUGAAGCAGCGGCGGGGGUCGAACGUCGUGCCGAUCGGGGCCCUCCCGGUCGGCAUCUGCCGGCACCGCGCGAUCCUCUUCAAGUACCUGUGCGACCGCGCGAGCCCUUUAAUUAAGUGCGAGCUGGUGCGUGGUUAUCUAGACUACGAGCCUCACGCCUGGAACAUGGUCCUCUUUGAGGAGGAGGGGGAGCUACGCCGAUUGCUGGUCGACGCGUGCCGGCCGGGGCGGAUACACAACGAGGGCGAGGGUGACACGGCGGUUCGGUACCUUCCGCUCAAACGGAUCAAUAUCGAGCACUUUGGGGCUGCUUUUCCAGCGAGUAACGGGACAGCCGCUGAGGAGAUUGCGCUUCACGAAGAGAUCGGACGGGGAUCCUCCGGCGCCGUCGUCCGGCGGUGUACGAUCGGCGGCGCCACGGUCGCCGCCAAAGUGGUCUCGUCCGGGGCCCUGUCACGGGGCUCGGCGGCAGGCGCCACAGGGCAAAACCGGGCGGCCUGCGCCCCACAGGGCCUCAGCGAGCUGCGGACGCUGUACAGCCUGGGGCCCCACCCGUGCAUCGUCCGGUGCCACGGACACCAGAUCCGGGCGUCCGAAAGCGGAAGCUCGCCGCACGAGCUGCGAAUCUUUCUCGAACACUUCCAGUCGGGGUCGCUUGAGGCGCUCAUCAGACGGCGGUCCGACCAGGGUUUGGAGGCGCCUCUGCCCCCCUUGCUGGCGGUUCAAAUCGCACUCCGGCUCGCGCGGGGGUUGAGCUUUCUUCAUUCACGGGGGAUCAUCCACCGGGACGUGAAGUCGGGGAACGUGCUAGUGGAAGUAGUGCCCGGGGGAACGCCCCGGGUGAAGCUGUGCGACUUCAGCAGCGCGGUGCCGGUGGGGUCGAGUUCGGCGGAUCUGGGGGGGAGUUUUGCGCUGGGAGGGAACCCCCCGGCGGACGUGUGCGUCGGGACGCCGAGGUGGAUGGCGCCGGACGUCCUGAGGGCCAUGUACGGCCGGCAUCCGUAUGGAACCGAAGCUGAUGUCUGGUCGUUUGGCUGCGUCGUCCUGGAGAUGCUGACACUUGCGCCCCCGUACAGCGGUUUGACAGAAGCCCAGGUGCACUCAUGGAUUCAGAUUGGUCGUCGCCCCGACCUGCCCUCGGACAUGCACCAGCUGCGUCCGCAACCCCUGCAUUCCAGCCUGGAAGACCUCCUUGUGUCAAUUCCCGGGGAGGAUGAGGAGGCCCUGUCUUUGCGGGCCCUCGUGGGCGUCUUCUACGCUUGCACCGUUGGCGACGCGGCUCUUCGCCCCAAGGCAUCCCAUAUCGUGGGGGUCCUGGAAAAGGUACUAGAAAGGAAGCUGGUAGAGAAAGUGGAAAUGGAAGAGGAGGAGGGAGCUGACAGAGAGGGGGCGGAUAGCGAGCCUGGAACCGAGGGGGAAGGAGAAGGGAGCUCAGGGAAUGAGGAGGGGGCUAGCGAGGAGUCGUUUGCUGAUCAGUCGCCAGAAGAAGCCGCAGUGCAAAGCGGUUCUCAGGAAGAAGAGAUCAAAGUAACGAGUAAAGACGAGAAAGUGAAUGAGCAUCCUUCUAGUUGACGGAGCCGCGGAACUGUUGAGAUACUGGACGAGCACACACCACAGCAUGCCUGCGUAUGGAGCUUGCGUGGGUGCUGCUACACCUAAGCCUUCAGCAAGUUCAUUCAGGUUGUCAAGACUGAGUGUAUGAGAAUUUAUAGGCUGGCAAAAGGUUCUCAUUGCGCCGCGGCUGCGUAUGGCAAAACUCACGCAUGCCACUAUAUGAGGCCGGCCCU